AUGUCCAGUGCCAAAGACCUCUCCCACUUGUUGUCGCUUGAAGCUCGGCUGAGAAAGCCGCUGCCGUUGAAGGAAGCCUUCCGUUUCUUUGGCCAGGAAGGCCUCACGUUCUUGGGCGGCGGGUUGCCGUUGGCGGACUACUUCCCCUUCGACAAGGUCACCGCCGACAUCCCCACGCCGUCGUUCCAGGACGGCAUCGCCGCUCCCGUCACCGCCGACAACAAGACCGUCGUCGAGGUGUACAAGCGCAAGGCUCAGAACGACCCCAAGAACAAGGACGUCGAGUUGGCGAGAUCGUUGCAAUACGGCUACACCGAAGGCCAGACCGAGUUGGUCGAGUUCUUGCGGGAACACACCCAGAUCAUCCACUCGCCCAAGUACUCGAACUGGGACCUCAUCACCUCCGUUGGUAACACCGAGCUGUGGGACUCGACGCUCAGAACGUUCUGCUCGCGCGGCGACCUGAUCUUAGUCGAAGAGUACUCGUUCUCGUCGGCGCUCGAGACGGCGCUGGCCUUGGGUGUCAACACCAUCCCCGUGCCCAUGGACGAAUACGGUUUGCUCCCCGAGGCGAUGGAAAAGCUCAUGGACGCCUGGGAAGGGCCCAAGCCGAAGUUCUUGUACACCAUUUGCACCGGUCAAAACCCCACCGGUUCGUGUCUCUCGGCGGAGAGACGUGAGGCUAUCUACAAGAUUGCCCAGAAGCACGACUUCCUCAUCAUCGAAGACGAACCUUACUACUUCCUUCAGAUGGACCCUUACACCACCGACGAGCUGGCUCGUGCUGGCAAGAAGGUUGACAGCCACGACGAAUUCAUCAAGGCGAUGGUCCCUUCGUUCCUUUCGAUGGAUGUCGACGGCAGAGUGUUGCGUUUGGACUCGUUCCUGAAGGUGUUGGCCCCUGGUUUGAGAAUCGGGUGGAUCACCGGGCAAAAGCCUCUUCUUGAAAGGUUCGUGCGGUUGCACGAAGUGUCCAUCCAAUGCCCCGCCGGUUUGACUCAAUCUUUGACUAACGGUUUGUUGCAAAGAUGGUCGCAAUCGGGUUACCUCGAUUGGUUGAUUGGCUUGCGUGCCGAAUAUACCAAGAAGCGUGACGUUGCCAUGGACGCCGUCGCCAAGUACUUCCCCAAGGAAGUGACUUCGUACGUCCCCCCUGUGGCUGGUAUGUUCUUCACCGUGAACUUUGACGCCACCAAGCACCCUAAGUACGAAGAAUGGGACCGCGACGUCGCCAAGGUCGAAAACGCUAUCUACGAACAAGGUAUCAAGCAAGGGUGCUUGAUGAUCCCCGGGCUGUGGUUCAAGUCGAUUGGCCAAUCGAACCCUCCCCAAAAGGUGAGCCCCAAGUCUGACGAAAACAAGGUGUUCUUCAGAGGCACCUACGCUGCCGUGCCCUUGGACGAAUUGGUACGUGGUUUAGAAAAGAUGGGUAACGCCGUCAAGGUAGAAUUUGGGUUGUAA